CUGGAGCCACCUCGCUUUCAGUUGUAACCAAAUGGGAAGAUUAAACAUCACCCUCUUGACUCUUUGUCAACCAGAAAAAGAUUUAAUGGGGUUUUUGACAUAUAGUGGAGUGUGGUGGAGAAUUGGUAGAGGACCCACAUGGGAUUAGAAACAAUUGCAAGAAAAGCACAAACCUUUGAGAUUCAUUGCAAUUCAUCUAUCUUCAAGUUUCUGUCUUUUUGUGGUGGGCUUUAAGAAGAAAAGGUGGAUUCUAGUACCCUGAUGAUGAUCAGAGCCCUCCAAAAAGCUUCACCUGUUUGCAAUUUUCUAUUAAUAUUUUAUAACCCUUUUGGAAUUUGGUCCUGAAUUUUGCGUAGUAUUGAAGCAGUACCCACCCUUUAUCUUUACUAAAUUGGUUGUGACUAUGUUCAAAGAAAGGUUGAGGGAUUUGCAGGACUGAAAAGCUGUGGUUGGUAUGAUGGGGAUUUGGGAACUUUAUCUCAUCUGGGAUUCAUCAGAUUCUACUGUUUUUGCAGAAUCUUAAUUUGUUUCAGGUACGGUUUGCCAGCCUAGUGGCGGAUAAUAUUUCUAGUUAUGGGUUGGCUAACUAAGAUUCUUAAAGGUUCUAGCCAUAAGGGGCAUUCUCAUAAGAAAUUUAGAGAGGAUAGAACAUGGGACGAGCCUCGUAAUUCAGUGGAAGAAGACAUAGAUGUUGCUAUUGCACUGUCCCUUUCAGAACUAGAUCAAAAAGGAAAAAAUGUAAUCGAAGAUGAAUCGCAAUCAGAGGAUGACGAACAACCGGCUAAAGUUGAAUCACACGAUGAUGAACAAUCAUCUGAAGUUGAAUCAGACGAUGAUGAACGAUCUGCCGAAGUUGAAUCAGAUGAUGAUGCUCGAUCUGCCAAAGUUCAGUCGGACGAUGAUGAAAAUCCUGCAAAAUUUCACUACGAGGAAGAUGAACAAAGUGCUAAAGUUCAAUUGGAGGAAGAUGAACAACUUGCAAAGGCUAUUCAAGAAAGUUUGAACAUGGGUUCUCCUCCUCGACAUGAUAAUGGCAACAUAUCUCAACCUUUUUCAUUCUUCACGCCAGCUGGGUACAGGACAUGUGCUGGCUGCAAGUUGGGAAUUGGCCAUGGACGAUAUUUGAGUUGCAUGGGUGCUGUUUGGCAUCCAGAAUGCUUCCGUUGCCGUGCUUGCAAUCUUCCAAUUACUGAUUAUGAGUAUUCUAUGUCUGGGAAUCACCCUUACCACAAAUCCUGCUAUAAGGAGCAGCAUCACCCAAAAUGCGAUGUUUGCAAGAGUUUCAUCCCAACAAAUUCAGCCGGGCUUAUUGAGUAUAGAGCACAUCCUUUCUGGCUACAAAAAUACUGUCCUGCUCAUGAGCGUGAUAGGACCCCUCGGUGUUGUAGCUGUGAAAGAAUGGAGCCCCGAGACACAAGAUAUUUGUUACUUGACGAUGGUCGGAAGCUGUGUCUGGAGUGUCUAGACUCAGCAAUUAUGGACACUCACGAAUGUCAACCCCUUUACCUUGAAAUACAAGAUUUUUAUGAAGGUUUAAACAUGAAAGUGAAGCAGCAAGUUCCAAUGCUCUUGGUCGAGAGACAAGCUCUAAAUGAGGCCAUGGAGGGAGAAAAGAAUGGUCAUCAUCACAUGCCGGAGACUAGAGGACUCUGCUUGUCAGAAGAACAGACCGUUACUACUAUUCUGAGGAGGCCAAAGAUUGGAGAUGGCUACCGGAUGAUAGACAUGGUAACUGAGCCUCAUAGGUUGAUUCGUCGCUGUGAAGUAACAGCAAUUCUUGUGUUGUAUGGCCUUCCUAGGUUGUUGACAGGGUCAAUUCUGGCUCAUGAGAUGAUGCACGCAUGGCUAAGGCUUAACGGCUAUCCAAACCUGAGCCCAGAGGUCGAAGAAGGUAUCUGCCAAGUGCUAGCACAUAUGUGGCUGGACGCCGAGACGUAUUCUACACCAGGUAGUGAUGUUGCCUCAUCAUCAUCCUCUUCUAGUUCGGCUUCAUCUAAGAAGGGUAAACGCUCUGACUUUGAGAAAAAACUCGGUAAAUUUUUCAAACACCAAAUUGAGUCGGAUUCAUCAACAGCUUACGGAGAAGGUUUCAGGAUAGGUAACCAAGCUGUGCUCAAGUUUGGUCUGAGGAGGACCCUCGACCAUAUUCGAUUGAUCGGAAAUUUUCCCGAGUGACUUGUAGCGUUGAUAUAAAGAGUUGUUACUACAUAAAUCCAUACGUCGGCCGUGCCCAUGUUGAUUUUAUAGGAUAUACAUCAUAAGAUAUACUGACAUAGAGAUCAGCAAAGAAAAUGCUCAUUUCUGUGUGAAUUGCUGUCAUCUCCAAACAGUUGGGAAACAUAUGAAACAUAUUGUUAAAAUUAUAGGGUAAAUUACAUUUUACCCCCUCAGGUUUGGGAUCAAUUUCAAUUUCUUACAACAUCUUUAAAACA